AUGCGCAGCCAGGCGGACUUAGAGCGAAUUCUCUGUCUCCAAGAUCGAAUGCGCAGCAAACCGAACAGGAAGAACGGAAUGAGAACGCUAUCGGAUAAUCCAAUAUUUUCUACUUCGUCCAGAGCCGAACCGAACCGUCUCGUGAUGCGCGGCCCGCCACCGUCGGAUCCAGCACCGGCUACUUCCGAAAAGCUCGACAGCCCCAAGGUUGAGCAUGCGACUCAGCAUAGGGACGAAUAA